AUCCACAUUUUUUUCAUAACACCAAAGAAGAUGGCUGAGAGAUUAGAUUUAGAAGAAUUAAAAAAGUUGAGAGUCGUUGAUUUGAAAGAGAAACUCUCAAAUAGAGGUCUUUCAACAACAGGAUUGAAAGCCGAUUUAAUGGAAAGACUUCAUCAGGCACUGAUUGAAGAAGAAGAGGUUGAAAUUCAUAAGGGAUCAAGCAAAAGUGGAGAAGGUGGAGAUUUCAAAGAUGAUAAUGGAAAUAAUGAAGAAAAGAAAGAAAGGAUAUUGUUUGAACAACAAAAAGAAGCUUUAGGCUUAGAACAGAUAAGAUUAUUGGAAGAAGAGAAAGUUCGUAAAGAACAUGAGCUAAUUCAGAAAGCUCAGCAGCAGCAGGAAUUGUUGACUGUUGAGAAGCAAAAGGAGUUGUUAGCUGAACAGCAGCAGCGAAUACUAGUUGAGCAACAACAACGACUUCUUGCUGAACAAGAACAGCAGCAGAAGAUUAUGGGUGAACAUCAACAGAAGAUGCUGGAAGAACAGCAAAGGUUGAUGGAGGAGAAGAAAAAGGAAGAAGAAUUGUUUCUUCUGCAGCAACAGGCACUCUUGGAAAAACGUCGUGAAGAAGACAGCAAACAACAACAACAGCAGGUCAUUACAACAGUACAUUUACCUCCAGGCCCACCACCUGUUGUGGCAUCUACAGUACCAAUACCAUUACCUGGACCUCCACCUCCACCACACACCACUUUUGGUGUUGGUAUGCCAGUGACCACCUCUACUGUUCAUCACAUUGUUCACACCAGCAUGGCACACCCUCCUCCUUCUGUCCCUGCCCCUAUGCCUCCUCCUGUCCCCUCCAUGAAUCAAGUGGCCCAUAUCCCUCCACCACAGCCAACUGGUACAAGUAUUCCCGUCACUACAGCUCGGCCACAUAUGAUGAUGCCAACAUCCCUUCCUCCAAGCAUGAGUAUAGCUCCACCUGGAAUACGUCCUCCUACGUCUUUUCCUCCAACAUCUAUGGGUGCCCCGCCACCCAUGAUGGGGCCACAACCUCCUACCAUUCAUCCUCCACCUCCUGUUACGCGUCCAGUAGCUCCACCUCCACCCAGCACUAUGUCAAACUACCAAGGAGUGCAGAAUAAUAUUCAAAUAAGAGUCAUUUCUAGGACACCACCACAGACAGAAAAAACUCCUACUACCCAGUCUACAACAAAUACUAGUGUAGAUACAGUUGGACAGUCAGCAUCUCAAGAUGAUUCCUCAAAAGAAAUUAAGCUCCCACAAGCUCUAGAGAAAGUGUUGGCUUUCAAAGAAGAGAGAGCCCAGCAGUUGGGCUUAGAUCCUGAUGCUGUAGUAGAGCCAGAAUCUUCUCCUCUUCCGCCACCACCACUUCCUCCUCGACCUCUUGUAGCCAUGGAUGAAGAUGAAGAGGGAGAAGGUGGAGAAGAUGAAGAAGAAAUGCAGGUUCAAUCUCGAGAGUCCAAAAAUAAGAGGCGUAAAAAGAAAAAGAAAACUGCUCGACAGAGACGACAGCAGCAACAAGUAGAGAGAAAAAAAAAUGAAGAAAAUCUGGAGAGGAAAAAUUAUGUAAAGGAUGAUAUAGAUGUUGAUAUUGAGUAUAUCCAAGAAGCCCUGGAUCCCUCAGAUACUACUUAUUCAUUGUUCGUGAAGAUUUUUGAAAAGUUUCGAUUAGGUGAACCAGAGUCGGCACAAUCUCUGCCUAAGAAUGAAGAUGCCUCUGCAGCUGACAUUACAAGUUUAGAAGCAAGCCGACUGGCAGAACGCAAAAAAGCUGCUUAUGUUGAUGAUGAUAGGGAUGAAGAUGAAAUGGAUAGAAAAGAAGAAGACAAGCCCAAAUUGUCAAAAAGAAAAUUGAAGAAGUUGAACAGAAUGAGCAUAGCAGAACUGAAGCAGAAAGUUGGCAGACCAGAGUUAGUGGAGAUGCACGAUGUUACUGCCAAAGAUCCUGUGUUACUUCUACAUUUGAAGGCUGCCCGAAAUUCUGUGCCCGUUCCACGGCAUUGGUGCUUUAAAAGAAAAUACUUGCAAGGAAAGAGAGGAAUUGAAAAACCACCUUUUGAACUGCCCGACUUCAUAAAACGUACAGGAAUUAUGGAAAUGAGACAAGCUUUACAGGAGAAGGAGGACCAGAAAACUUUGAAAAACAAGAUGAGAGAAAAGGUUCGACCAAAAUUAGGGAAGAUAGAUAUUGAUUAUCAGAAACUGCAUGAUGCCUUUUUCAAGUGGCAGACUAAACCCAGGAUGACUAUACAUGGAGAUCUCUAUUAUGAGGGAAAAGAAUUUGAGACAAAACUGAAAGAAAAGAAGCCAGGAGAUUUCAGUGAUGAACUACGAACAGCACUUGGAAUGCCCGUUGGACCUAAUGCAAACAAAUGUCCACCUCCUUGGCUUAUUGCCAUGCAGAGAUAUGGACCUCCUCCUUCCUAUCCUAACUUGAAGAUUCCUGGGUUAAAUGCCCCAAUUCCAGAGGGAUGUUCUUUUGGAUAUCAUGCUGGAGGCUGGGGAAAACCACCUGUAGAUGAAGCGGGAAAACCUCUGUAUGGAGAUGCAUUUGGUACACUCUCAGGUGACCUACAUCCAUCUGCUGUAGAAGAAGAAAUAGACAAGAGCUUAUGGGGUGAACUAGAGUCUGAAUCUGAGGAAGAAUCUGAAGAGGAGUCUGAGGAAGAAGAAGCUGAACCAACUGCAGAUGAGUCAGGUCUUGUGACUCCGGCUGAAGGUUUAGUGACUCCUAGUGGAAUAAGCUCCAUUCCUGCUGGCAUGGAAACACCAGACAUGAUAGAACUUAGAAAACGAAAGAUUGAGGCAGAAAUGGAAGGAGGUGAAACCCCAGCUCUAUACACAGUCCUUCCAGAGAAGAAAGGAGAGAAAUUGGGAGCAGCCAUGAUGGGUUCAACCCAUGUAUAUGACGUAGCUGCAGCAAUACCAGCAGGAAAAGCAAAGGUUCCAGUUACAGGUGGACCAAUACCUCCAGAAGGAAUAGAGGUUGCUUUGGACCCCAGCGAGCUUGAGUUGGAUACUGCAGCUAUGGCUGCCCGAUAUGAACAGACUGUAAGGGAGCAGCAGUCCCAACUGGAAAAGGAAGACCUUAGUGAUAUGGUUGCAGAACAUGCAGCAAGACAAAAGAAUAAACGUAAGAAGCAGCAACAAGAUAGUGGAAAAACUGCCAAGAAGUACAAGGAAUUCAAGUUUUGAGGCCCAUUUUGCUGACUUGUAUAGGAUACAUUUUUAUCAAUCACAGCUCAUGAGUCCAUCAGUUCUCUUUAGGUAGACAUCAAGAAGCCAAUUCCAUUGUAGAUUUUAAUGGCUUGUAAAGAUUAACUUGAACUAGAAAGUAAUUUUUACUUUCUUUAAAUCUCAGAAUUGGUUUUCAGGAGUGGGAAAAUGCACAUCAAUAUUUAGCCUUUGUAACUUAUCGAAAAUGUUCAGCGUAUUUCCACCUUGUAUUGAAAUGAUAGUUUCACCUUUUGUCAUUGAUUUUUUUGUCUUUGUUAAAAACAACAAAAUAAACGUUUUAAAAAUAGCUGCUACUUGUGUAUUUCCUCCUUUAGAUGUCAGUGUAAAAAGAAAAAAGUUUGGCUAUGCUUAUGACUAUAAAUAAAGAAAAAUUUGGAA